GACCUGCACUAGUAUCACCUUAGCCGUUCAGCAGUAUCAUUCGAAAGCAGUUCAUCAGCCGCUGCCAUAUCGGAUGAUUGCAUUCAAUAAAGGCAUUUCAUCAGAUUAAUUUAUCAAACGAAACGGAAUCAAACAUGUGUGGCAUCUUUUCGAUAUUCCUCAACACCGAGUACGACAGUGCAUCUCCGUUGUACCGGUAUGGUAACCGCUCGGAAUCACUUCGAGAGUUGGCAUUUCGGCAGUCGGCCAAGCAAAGACACCGCGGACCGGACCAUACCGGCCUGGUGGUGGACAAUGGCGCUGGGUUCGUGAUGGUCCAGGAGAGACUGUGUGUGAUUGGCGUUAAAACGGGAAGCCAGCCAUUUUUGUCCCAGGAUGGGCAGAUACUGCUGGCCGCUAACGGUGAGAUUUACAACUAUCUGCAAAUGGCUAAGGAAAUCAACGGUGCGCUGAAGCCGGGCGAGGAAACAUACAUUCCGAGAAGUGAUUGCGAUGUUAUAAUUGCGUAUUACGAGAAGUUUGGUGUGACAGGACUGAUGGAGACGAUUCGUGGCAUGUUUGCUUUCGUACUGUACGAUAGGAAGAAUGGAAAAGUGCUGGUGGCACGAGAUCCUAUCGGGAUUGUACCGCUGUAUAGUGGAACGGACUGCGAAGGAAACAUGUGGGUGGCAAGUGAGAUGAAGUGUUUGGUGGAAAAGUGUCCGGAGAUUGUCAUUUUCCCACCGGGUCAUAUGCACUACGGUACAAGGCAAAAAUUAGAACCAUUAUGCUACUAUGAGCCCCAGUGGAUGUUUGAGAUACCUCAGAUGCAUGUGGAUUUGGAGAAACUGAAAUCCUAUCUGGAGGAUGCUGUAGUUUCGCAUCUGCAGUGUGACGUCCCCAUGGGAGCUCUACUGAGUGGUGGCCUGGAUUCAAGUUUGAUCGCAUCCAUCGCCACCAAAGUCAUGAGAAAACGUCACGGCCCAGAUUAUCGCUUGAAAACCUACAGCGUCGGACUGGUCGGUGGUCCAGAUUUUGCAUUUGGACAAAUGGUUGCCGACUACAUUGACAGUGACCAUACCGAAGUUUACUUCACCAUUGACGAAGGCUUGAACUACAUUCGCAACGCAAUCUUACAUGCGGAAACCUACGAUAUAACGACCGUUCGGUGUACCAUCCCACUGCUACUGCUCUCGAGGUUCAUCAAAAGCGAAGGCAUCAAAAUGGUCCUCUCCGGUGAAGGCGCAGACGAACUAUUCGGAGGUUAUCUGUACUUCCAUCAAUCUCCAAACGCAGCGGAAUUUCACAAAGAAACGGUUAUGCGAGUCAAGAACCUGCACUAUUCGGAUUGUCUCCGGGCCAACAAAGGCACUUCCGCUUGGGGACUUGAGUUGCGCGUCCCGUUCCUCGAUACCGAUUUCGUCAACUACGUGAUGAACAUUCGACCGGAAGACCGAAUGCCACAGGUCAAAGUCAACGGAAAGGUGCAAUCGAUGGAAAAGUAUAUCCUGCGUCAAGCAUUUGCCAGCGAUUACCUACCGGCUGAAGUCCUUUGGCGUCAGAAGGAACAGUUUUCCGACGGGGUCGGAUAUUCAUGGAUCGAUACCAUUACCGAGUAUGCAGCGUCGCACAUUAGUGAUGUCGAAUUCGCAACCGCCACCGAGCGAUUCCCUAUCAAUCCUCCACCGACGAAGGAAGCUUUUUACUACCGGCAGGUAUUCGAGGAGCUGUUUCCGAGCCACAGCUGUGCAGCUACCGUCCAACGAUGGUUACCACGGACCGACUGGGGUUGUUCUGCGGAUCCAUCCGGUCGGAAGCAGACCGUGCACAAAUUCAAUUAAAGAUGUCGAACACAGGAAUUCUAAUGAUUCUCAAAAUAGAAAGUAGCUGUAGUUUUAGUUAAUUGCACUCCAACCGGAAAAUGUAGCAGAUUUAUAUUAAAGAUAGUCAGAAUC